GCGGCUUGGCAAAGAACGGCUAACCGUUGCUUUGUCCAAGAAGAUGCAAAGAGAGCUCCCAAGUUAGCAUGUUGUCAACCUUGCAGUACAACUUCGAAACCGAUCAAUGCCGGAACUGCCAAUGCAGCAGAUGAAUCUAAUCAUGCUGCUGUUAGUGCCACCUCUUUUAACAAGAAAUCUUCAUUUUCCAAUCUAACACCUGACUCAAGAUGGUGGUUGAACCUUCCUCCGCCGCAGAAGUAUCUUAGUAGGCAGCCUUGUGGCUCUGCUGAUUCGACUGCUCGAUCGAAGGGAAGUUUACGGGCACUUUCUUGCGAUACAAGGCAUGUAUAUCUUGCUUCUAACAAGUCUUCAAGAAUUUAUAGCUCAAUCCAUGAGGAUGUUAUGGAUGAAGUUUUGGAGGGAAACCAUAGCAAAACACAACUGAUAGAAGCACUGUGUCGCUCUCAAACAAGGGCGAGGAUGGUGGAAGAGGCGGUGAAACAGGCUUAUGCGGAGAAAGAGCACAUUAUUACACUGUUUUUCAAACAGGCUUCACAACUCUUCACCUAUAAGCAAUGGUUUCAGUUGCUGCUUCUAGAAAAUCUUCACAUUCAGCUCAAGAAACAAGGAUCAGCAAAUCUCCGGUCUCUUCCAGGCUCCAGCGUCCUUUGAAUGUGGCGCGAAACCUUGGAAGACAAGGCAUAAACCAAAAGGUGAUAUCACAA